UCUGCUCUUUCUUCCCCGGACGGACGGACAGACGGAGUUGGCGGCGCGAAUCCAUGGCGCUCCUCUUCUUCGACCUCAGCCUCCUCCCUUCCCCCAACUCCAACUCCCGCCUUCUCGCCGCCGCACGAGCCCUCGAGCUAGGCUACGCUGCCGUCGCCCUCGACCACCCGCACCGCGGCCUACUCGCCGACGCCGACCGCUGCCACACCGCUCCCUUCCCCGCCUUGUCUUCCCUCCCGCUCCCCCCCUCCGCCUCCCUCCACCGUUCCCGCAAUGGAUCCCCUACCUCCGAGCCCUUCCGCCAGUACACGCGCAUCACCCUCUCCCUCGACUCCGCUGCCGCCGCCGCGUCCGCGCUUGCCCCCUCCGCCGCCCGCCUCCUCCGCACAUACGACAUCGUCGCGGCGCGCCCUCUCACCCAGGCCGCGCUCGACCACCUCUGCCAGUCUGCCACAGAGAUUGAUGUUAUCUCCAUCGACUUCUCUCACAAACUGCCAUUCCGUCUCAAGCUCCCAAUGAUCAAGCUUGCACUACAGAGGGGGAUACACUUUGAGAUUGCAUACUCUCCCCUCAUCGAUGAUGUCAAUUCAAGGAGACAAGUCCUGGCCGAAGCCAAGCUGUUGGUGGACUGGACUAAAGGAAAGAAUCUCAUCAUUUCAAGUGCUGCUCAUAAUGCUAAUGAAAUUAGAGGCCCCUAUGAUGUCAUAAACUUAUGUGCAUAUUUGCUUGGUCUUUCUAUGGAGCGAGCCAAAGCUGCUAUGUCCGUAAACUGCAGGUUGCUUAUUUCCAAGGCUACGAGGAAGAAACAUUUCUACAAAGAGACAAUUAGAAUCGAUAGACUGUUACCAAAUGAGCAACUAAAUUCAACAAAGUAUAAGGUUGGUGACUGGAUUGGUUUGGAUCCUAUAUCUUUUAAAGGUGAUCCACAAACUUUGGAGACAAAUCUAGAACCUUCUCCCAACAAAGAUGAACUACCUGUUUUACCCACGAAUUUUCCCGCCAAAGUAUUGUGUCAAAAACGUCAUGAUGCUGAUGUGUCUCUCUUUGCCGACCGGUUAGAGCAGUCUACUGAUGAUAGUGAAAUUCCAGUUGAAACUCAAGAGGAAACCUUACAGGCUAACAGAAGCGAAGCUCACAGUGGUGCUGUUCACACCAUCAUGGUUAAUCCUGAAAACAAUGAAAUUGUUAUGGCUGGCAGUGUGCAGGCUUGUGUUGCCUCUUCUGUUGACCAGAAAUGCAUUGAGGAGCAUGUUGAAUUUGUUGAGGAUGCAAUGGAAUUAGAUGCUACAGAAUUGUGCACAGUAAACCUCAUUUCAGGUGACAGUAGUCCUUUAUCCUCCGAUGUUAAGUUACCAUGUUCUUCUCUUCCCCGGAGCAUGGAGCUUUUUGACACUAGUCUUGAGAACAAGGAUCCUGACCAACCUAGUGAAAUCGUAGAUCAUACUAAUGCUUGUGCAAAUCAAGGGUAUAUCCGCACAUCUGGUAAGAGGGAGGAACAGGCACCUCUGGAUCAUGAAAUUGUUUCAUGUUCUGAUGUUUGCCUCGAGGGUAAGUGCCUGGACAAACCUGAUAAUGUUCCAGUUGAUUCGAAGACUCACAGACAUGCUGUGGAAUCAUUGGGGUGCUCAACUGUUGGGCGAGAUGAUGAGUCGCCAUUAAAUCUUACAGUUCCGUUGAGUACUGAUUUAUGCGAAGACAUUGUACUGCCAGCUCAUCAAGUAGAGCAAAAUGUGGAUGAAGGCAUAGAAAAUACUGACAGUUAUAAGGUCGAACCGGUUUAUAGAAAUGCAGUAAGAAUGAUUUCAGUGGAAAAUACUCUCAGUGGUCAAGAGAUCAGUUCAGCUGCUGUUGUUUAUGAUAAGGGGUCCAGUGAUGGAACUUGGGCAAAUAAUGAAUUGGAAGAACCGAAUUUAAAGAAACCCAAUGCUUCAUUAGAGAAAGAUGUCGCUAAAGUAGACGAGGGGCCGCUAAAUUAUGAUUCUGCAGAUAAGGUGGAUAUAUCUACAGCUAGAUCAGAAAAGCGAAGACAAAAACUAUUGUUGCACGGCCCCUCGUAUGUUCCUUUCUUGGGCUUCCUUAAGCCUGUGUCUUUCAAGAAGAAAGUAUGCAAAGUUGUAUCUAGAAGAAAAUCAUAACAACUGUUGGGAGUAUACAAUUCAAGCAUUUUGCUGCAUACCAAAGGCAAACGGAUCUACUUGCAAUGUGAUAUCCUGGUGCGCUUUGACUUUAUCUUGUCGGUUGGCUAAGGCCACUUGAAGGUUGACUAGCUCGUGUUGUCAGGCUCUUGAGUGGGGUACUGUAGGGAUUCAUCAGAAGGUGUACCAUUAUGGGAGAACGGAGUCUUGCAAUUGGUUGUGGACACUUCCAAUGAUCUUACCAACCAAUAGCCAACUGAAAACAGCGUCCUGGAUCUGUAGCAUCAAACUUGUGUCAACUAGAUGCUUGAAACAACACAGAUCCUUGUGGGGGUCUAUCUUGUAGCUUGGAAUUUUCAAAAGUGUUAUGAUUCUUCUCCACUGAA